CGGCGCUCCGUGCGCACGAGCAGCCCUGUUUGUUUGUGUUGAGAGAUUGGAAAUGGCGGAGAGCAGAGACCAAAGCGAUAACUUGCGCUAGCAAACGUGAGUGCGCCGUCAUUGAAACGCAGAAACCACCCACAAGUGAUUCUCUGAGUUACUUACAAAUUGCUACUGCCGCUGGGAUAUAAGUCGCACACGGGGGAAAGGGAUUUUCGGAACGAGGUUUGGAUUUAGCAAGCUGGUUAGCUAGCUAAGCUAACCGUGCGAGCAACCUGGCGUUAGCUAGCUUCAAGUCGUGUGUGAUUUUCACCACGCAGGCUUGUUUGUCAACAUAAGCUGACGUUAAAUUGAUCGUGAGCCAGCUAACGCGCUACUUUUUGCCCGGUUUCCAAGCUAACCUACUUGUGUUUAAAACAUGUUCGACAACGCUGACCGCAAAAUUAUCAAUCCAAAGUAAGUGUGGAUAAAAAGUCAGACAACUGACCACCCUUGUCGCGAGCAAGCGUUAAAUUAAGCUGGUUAGCUAAGUUGGCUAACUGGCUUGUUUUACUCACAGCCUCAGCUGCCCUUUUGCAUGGGAAUUAAUCAUCCAGCGUGACAACCUAAAACAAGACCCCGUUGGAAGGAUCAUUAUUUACAAGCUGAGGUGAACAGUCAGAGGCCAAAAGGCUUCUCCCUGCACCUGGGAUGGUGCCAUGUGACAGAGCGGCUGUGGAGCCAUAACCCUACUACCACCGCUCCAUCAUCUCAACGUUAAGCUGCUUGCCCACCACUGAUCUCACCCCCCGUCUCCCCUCCUUCCCUUUAGCUUUGCUCAGAGCCCUGGACAAGGCCACCACAGCCACCACAUGACUCACCCACUGGAGCCCUAGAUCAAAUCAGUUGAAGCUGAAAAUGAGUGCAGUAGGGGAAAGCCCCCUGGACCCUGCCACGCCAGAGUCACGCAAAAGGAAGGGCUCACCAUGCGACACGUCAGGGCAAAGUCUAGAGAAGCGGAGACGGGAGCUGGAGUGUCGCUACAUCGAGGAGCUGGCUGAGCUGCUGUCAUCGAACAUGGGUGAUAUUGCCAGUCUCAGUGUCAAGCCCGACAAGUGCCACAUCCUCAAGAGCACCGUGGACCAAAUCCAGCAGAUCAAACGGCGUGAGCAGGAAAAAGCAGCCCUUCUAUCUCCAGAUGACGAGGUGCAGAAGAGCGACAUCUCCUCCAGUAGCCAGGGGCUGGUGGAGAAGGAGGCACUGGGGCCCAUGCUGCUAGAGGCCCUUGAUGGGUUUUUCUUUGUCGUCAACCGGGAGGGCCGCAUUGUCUUUGUUUCUGAGAACGUGACGAGUUACCUUGGAUACACCCAGGAGGAGCUGAUGACAUCAAGUGUCUACAGCAUCCUCCAUGUGGGAGACCACAAUGAAUUUGUUCGCAAUCUGCUGCCCAAAAGCCUGGUAAAUGGUAUGCCAUGGCCGCAGGAACCUGGCCGCAGGAACAGCCACACCUUUAACUGUCGCAUGCUGAAGAGGCCACCGGACGAGGUGGAUUCAGAGAAUCUGGAGGCUCGACAGCAGUAUGAGAUCAUGCAGUGUUUCACCGUGUCCCAGCCACGGGCCAUGCAGGAAGAGGGUGAUGACCUGCAGAGCUGUCUGAUCUGUAUUGCCUGUCGGAUGCCACGCAUCCAGCCUGUCAGCACUGAGUCUUUUAUCACGAAGCAAGACCCAACAGGGAAGAUCAUCUCCAUAGAAACUAGUGCUUUGCGAGCGACAGGCCGGCCUGGCUGGGAGGAUCUGGUCAGGAAGUGCAUCUACGCAUUCUUUCAGCCGCAGGGCAAAGAGCCCUCCCACGCCAAGAAGCUGCUGCAUGAGGUGAUGACCCAUGGCACCGCUAUCAGCCCGCUCUACCAUUUCACAUUAAGUGAUGGCACCCCACUCAGCGCUCAGACCCGCUGCAAGUUCUGCUGCCCCCCCAACCCUGACGUACAGCCCUUCAUUAUGGGCAUUCACACUAUUGACAGGGAACACAACACUGCUAGCUCUCAGGAAAACACUAACCCUAGCCUUCCACCGAUUGUCGGCAAUAUUGCCCAGACUCCCUCCCGAUCCCCUUCCCUUCCUCCCGGCAGUAACUCAACGCAAGGCUCAGGCCUCAUCAUCGCGGGCCUUCAAACCAACAACAGCAAUGCCUCCUCCCAUGGACAGAACCCAGCCACACCCACAGGCUACCUGACGCCCAAUCGGACGAACUGUCCCCAGCAGGUCAACAGCCCCUCCCCUUUAAGCAGCCCACUCACAGCCACCCCUACCUCUUUUAUGUCACCCAGGAUGCCACGGGCUAGUCCUGGGUUAGGGGGCCCUCGAGUCCCGGGGAACCCCUUCUCUCCCUCCACACCAGGCCUCCAUUCCCCAUCUGGGGCUCUAAGCAGUGGAGGCAGCCUCAACAGGCAGCAGUCUGGUGGUGACAGUAAUAGUGGUGGAUCAACAGGGUCUUUCCCCCUGUCCUCUCCAGUCCUUCAGAGACAAGCCAGUACGCCCACCAGCUCCUGUACUCGGCCUCCAUCAGCAAAACUCCCAGAGGGAGGUGAGGAGGUGGGAGAGGACUCUGUUAAAGCCCCCCUUCCUUCUGCCUCACAGCUGGGUAACACCAGACUCAAUCAGCUCCUGGAAAGCAAUGGGACAGCAGUUGAAUCUAACAACAACAGCACCUCUUCACCUCAUGCUCCUAACCCUUCUCCUGCCCCUCAGUGCCCCGCCUCCCACAGUAGUCUGACAGAAAGACAUAAGAUCCUGCACCGGCUGCUCCAAGACACAAGUCCCAAUGACGCCUCCACCACCACCGAGGAAGGAAUAAACAAAAACGACGUCGAGAUCAAGAAGGAACCGCCUGCUAGUCCAGCACUGAGUACAGCACCUUCUAAGUCCAGCUCCAGAGAGCCACAAGACCACCAGUUACUCCGCUUUCUCCUCGAUACAGAUGAAAAGGACUUGGGAGACCUGCCACCUCCAUCUGCGCUGAGCCUUCAGACAGUUAGAGUAAAGGUAGAGAAGAGAGCCAGCGGAGAUGGGGUGGCCUGUGCAGGCUCAGCUGUUGCAGCAGGAGGCACCACCAAACUUCCAGGAGUUUCCAGCAGCUCGACUUGCAUCAGCCCUAAAUCAAGUCCUGUCGGAGAGAACCGCAGAGACAGCCGCAAGGACAGCAGAGACUCCACGAUAUCUGGUGGACCUGUUGACAUGGACCCUCUCACCCAGCUGCUGCCUGGCUUGAGAGGCCCAAGUGGGGCCAAACAGGUCAGCGAGAAUUCAGCAACCCCUGGAGGAGGCCCCCAACUCCAGUCUCCAGCCCCCCAGGCCCCAGCUCAGCUCCAGAGUCCUGUACCUCAACUCCAGUCUCCCCUGUCCCAGCCCCAGUCCCUUCCCCAGUUGCAGUCCCCGUCUCCUCAGCUUCACUCCCCUUCCCCCCAGCUCAAACUACAGUCACCCACUCAGCUCCAGCCCGGCGAAGCCAGCACUCCCCGCAAUGUAAAUGUGAAGAGAGAGCCUCCCGGCACUCCUAACAGAGGGCUCAGUGAUGGUGGCCCGCCCUCUGGCUGCAGCCUCCAAAGCCAGUCAUCAUUCGACUUUUGCAAUCCCGCCACUCCAAGCCAACAACAAGGCCAGGGACAAGGAGACCCCUUCCAGACCCCCAAAGACAGCAGUCCAUUUCCAGAAACAGAAGUUCUCAACCCAUUCAGUUCAAGCACUGGCUUAACCAAGAUGGAUGUGGGAGACUCCCAGUUCCAGGCUCUGGCUCUGUCUGACACCUUGUCUUUUGAUGGUCUUGGAACUCCUUUACCGGCUCCUCUGGCAUCACCACAAGAGCAGUGUGUGCCCUCUACGCUGGAUGAAGUGCUUGGCCCUCCGACUACACCUGAAGGCCGAAACGAUGAGAAGGCUCUUCUGGAGCAGCUCGUCUCCUUCCUCAGUGGGACCGAUGAGAGUGAACUGGCUGAGCUGGACAAAGCCCUGGGUAUCGACAAACUGGUACAGGGUGGCUGCUUUGACCCUCUGCCUCAAAAUUUCCCAUCCCAGCAACCCACUGCCACCCCAGUUUCCAUGGACUCUAAACUCCCCACCUACCCUUCCCAAUUUACACCAGCUCCACAGGCUCAGUUUCCUUCAGAGCUGGCCACGGUGGGACCGCAGGGUCUGGGGUUUGGAGCUCCUCGAGGGGCUUUCCCUGGUGGGACGACAGGCAUGGGCCUGAGGCCAGGCAUGACCAGACCACAGGGGGUGGGCAGUCAGCUCAGGCUGCCACCCAACCAACUGCGCCUGCAGCUCCAGCAGAGACUACAGGGCCCACAACAGCUCCAGAACCGGCUGGCAGGCAUGAAUCCAUUUCCAGGAGGAGCCCAGCAUGUGAACAUAGGCAUUCGUCAGGGGGUUCAGCAACCUCAAAUGCCCUCACAACAGCCUCCACUGAAUGCCCAGAUGCUGGCCCAGCGUCAGAGGGAACUCUACAGCAUCCAACACCGCCAGCGCCAGCUUUUCCAGCAGAAGGUCAUGCUGAUGAGACAGAACAUGGCAGGCGCUCCCACUGGAGCUGUGGGGCCCGUUGGAACUGCCAGGGCUCCAAAAGCUUCACCCACAACGCCGCAACAGCAGCAGCAGUUCAACUUCCCACCAGGGUACAACCCGAUGACGGGAAACCCCCCUACCUCACCAAGUCACUUCAGCCCCAUGUCUGGGGGCCCUCUGGAUAACAAACUGUCCGGCAGAGUUCCCCUGAAUAACCAGACGCUGAUGAGCGGCGUGCAGGGCCAGUUCAACAGCACCGUCAACUCCUCAUUGCAGCAGGGCCUGUUUCAGCAGUUUGGAGGGUCUGCUGUGGUCCAACAAGACCCACCUUUCCCUCCUGAAAUGAGCCCCACCAGCCCAUUGUUGUCACCUCAGAACUCCACCUCCCAGAGUCCUCUGCUUCAGCAGGCCCCUCCUCCUGGCUACCAGUCACCAGACAUGAAGAGCUGGCAACAGACAGGCAUGGGCAGCCUGUUCAGUCAGUCAGGGCAGAGUACGGGGCAGGCAUUUGGCCAGCAGGGGGUUUACAACAACAUGAGCAUCACCGUCUCCAUGGCUGGAGGCUCGGGAGGCGUCACCUCAUUACCCAUGGGGCAGCCAGUUGGUAUAAGCAACAGUAACCUCAGUAACGUCGGUUCAGUGUGCAGUGACCAGCAAGUGCAGCAGGUUCAGGUGUUUGCGGACGUCCAGUGCACAGUGAACCUCGUGGGCAGUGACUCUUACCUGAACCAGGGCUCUAUCGGAGCCGCGGCCUCCCAGAAGGGCCCCGGACCGCAGGGCUCCCAGAACAACCAGGCCCAGCAGAAGAGCCUCCUCCAGCAGCUGCUCACAGAGUGACGCCCCACUCCCUCAGCUCUCCUCCUCCCUCUACUUCUCACUUCUACGCCUCCUCCUCGGAGGUCGGUGCACCAGACCCAUUGCUGUCUCUGUCUCACCUUUUGGAUGGAUGGUUGGAUGGAUGGAAGGAUGGAUGUUUGGACGGCCACAGAGUAGGCUCAGAGAGGUCCGGCUGUCGGUGGAGUUACGCAGCCUAACCACUUCUGUGCGGGGGGGAUUCGAGGCUGGUUGUUUUACCGCCCAGUACUUUAAGAAAAGACGCAAGUCAGAAGGAGCAGCAGUGUAUUUAAACCUGCCUGUCUAAUCUGUCUGACAACCUGUCUGUCUGCCUCAGCCUAUUAAAGGCAGUGUUGUCUUGCUGCUCAUUCCUUGGUGACCUACUUCCUGCUUCCUGACCCAAGAAAACAACUGCAACAUAAUUGUAGAUUUGCCAAGUUGUCGUCACUGUCAAAUCAGGGCCGGCCUCCUUCUGUGUUUUGUUUUGUUUUUGUUUUGUUUUUUUCUGAUCGGACAGUUUCUGUCUGGUCGUCGCAGCAGCAGUGCAUCUUGGGAGCAUGAGUUCCAGUAUACAGCUGGGCUCAGCGUUGAAGUGUGGGAGUAUCCCACACUGCAGCACCUCUGGCUUUUAUUUUUGGUUUUGGUUUUCCUCUACCUGUCUCUCAGCGAUGUGGGAAUGUUAAGGUUUCAGACCUCUGUGGCAUUGUGGGAUAGAAGCUCAGUAUCAGCUGGUUCUGUGACUGUUUCUCUCUAUCAGCUACAGUGCCUGGUGGAAGUUUGAGUUUUUCCCAAGCUCUGCUUCUUCUUCUACAUAUUAUUCUAUUACGUCUUCUGUUAUUCUUUGUUUGUUUGUUUUUUGGGUUGAAAUGUUUUUUGUUUGUUUAAAAUCUUCUGCUCUCACCGUCAUCAUCAUCAUCAUCUUCAUGAUCAUCAGAACAAGCUUUGACAACAGCCAGGAUGGAUGGAUGGAUGGAUGGAUGGGAGACAGACGGGAUGCUGCUCAGUUUGGAACUUACGUGUCUUUCUCCCCCUGGGAGGAGGUUUUAUUUUUAUUUUUUUUUCAAAGUAUAAAAAAGACUGUUAUGAUUAUUUAACUGUCUGUCCGUCACAUUUUACCCCUCACCUCAGCAGCUGUGAAUACAGAGCCCUGUUGGGUUCUCUCUCUCUCUCUCUGUGUAUCUUUCAUGCUAUCUCUCGGCCUAUCAGUGUUGUUUGCCAUGUGCACCAUGCAGGCGGGUAGUAUUGUACAGUACAGAAGGACAAAGACUUGGGGAUGAGCUCACUCUUCUAUUGUAACUGCUUUCCUUUCAAAAAAAGUGUAAUUAAUUGAUUACUCAGAACAGCAAAGCUAUGUAUAAUGUGAUUCGAUCCAGGUUUUUGUAGUUUCCUUUUUUUGAAAACUGUUCUAAAAAUGUCAGCUCAUGGUUUAUGGAGAUUCUUUUUUUGGCAUCAUAAUAUUGUAAUACCGCAACAUGUUGAAGUGGCGGAGGAUUCCAGCUUCUAAAAUGUGAAAAAUUUGAAGCGAUUGAUUUUUUUUUUUUUUUUUUUUUUAAAUAGCUAAAUCUUGCUCCUGUUGGUGUCCCAGCCAGCGCCACAUGCAGCCACACUUUCUGAAAAAAAUAUGGGUUUGAUUGCUUUGCUUUCUCUUGUGGUAACCAGGGAGCUAGUUAGCCAUCUUUUUUUGCUUUCUCCUCUUUUUUAUUCUUAUGUAUGUACAAUACUUUCAAAAGACUUUUCAGACAGUAAAUGUGUUUGUAACCAUUGUAUAAAAGAGCAUAAUGAUACCUUAGGCGUGGUUCUUUGCUGAGACUGCGUAGCUCUGCUGAUGCUAACGGUACCGAACCGCAUUGACAUUGUACCUGCAGUCACAGCAAACGACGUGCUUUUGGGUAUUGUUCCUAUAUAAUGACAUUUAAGUAGAGGCUUUAGUAAUAGAAGUUCCUAACAAAGAUGUGAUGGAUAAUUAAUUUAAAGGUGUCAUGAAUUUGAAUCAAAACAGGAAGGGUUGAGUCACCAGAAAACACCACCAGUUCCUUUCAUUUUCUCCUCACCUCCUGCAAACCUGUUUGAUCAGUGUUGUUCCCAUUGAGGAUUAUUUGUUUUGGGAUUCAACCCUCUUCUCCCUACACCUCUGGUUCCCUGACGAAGACUUCACUCCGCUGGCUACAUACACUUACAGUUUUCUGUUGACUACUGUUGCUCAGUCAGACACUGUCUCUCUAAGCGAUAAGAGACCUUUCAAAAAAAAAGAAAAAUCACUUUUUCAUACACCUAGAAAUUGCGCUACUUCAGUAGAAAACAAGAAGGAAACCGUUGCUGAGACUUUGCCUCUGAAUGCUCUUUACAUGACUAAAUUAUUGUGAAGAUGUCCACUCAGUCUCUGAGUUAGGCCUGUUUUAAUGCAAAUCCUAAAUUAGUCUGACACGCCCCACCUAGAGGCUUCAGUUGUAGGAUACUAGACAUCAUCUGAAAGGACAGAAAUCAUAGUGGUUUUACUGGUCUUUAUCAGGGAGCAUCCAGUGAUUUCUAACAACCAAGUCUGUGCUCCAGCACAGCAUCCGAUGUUACCUGAUUGAAGCAGUCCUGUGCGAGUCCUUGGUGGUGGUUCAUGGUUUCUGUUCCUUCCUGAGACUAGUGGAAUCUGUGGAGAGGGUUUUGCACACAUCGCAGACCUCGCAUUUAGAUAUUAGGACGUUUCAUCACCCCUUCUAAAUGGGUUUUUUGGACUACCUAACUUAUCACUCACAUUAGGUCAACAGCAUAGAGUCUGAUGCUAUUUCUAUGGAAUAGGGCUUUCCUGUGUACUGUUUUUACAGAGAUACUUCACCGUAUGCAACGUUACUCAGAUAUAGAGGGAUAGUAUGCAAGGUCAACAUUCCACCCACCUCCAGUGUUGUACGAUGCCAGAACCACUUUGUGCUCAGCUGUGAUGCUCUGUGUGGGUUUAGAAAUGUGCAGAUCUAUACACUGUGUAUCCAAAGAGUGGCCCAGGAACAGACGCAAUCUUUAAACUCUUACAGACAGGACUCCUGUCUGCUGAUCUUUACCUUCGACUGUUUUCACACUGUGAACAGCUCGUUUGAUCGAUGGUUUAAUGACUGCAGGGCUCCACAGUGUGUAAUCGUCUGCAACCAAGUGUCAGGGAAGCCUUGUACAUUUUUCUGCGUUAUCCUAAAACCCGCUUUCACCGGCUAAAUUUGACCUUUUGCCAGUGUUGCAUGUUCUAGAUUUGACAUUGUUGGCUGCCUGGCAUGUCUUGGGUUCUAAAGAGAAAAAGACAAGAAAAAAAAUAACUGUCUUGUCUGGGCAAUUUUUGAAAAUAGUUCAAAUUUAUCAUCAUCAUCAAAACCCAAAGUCAUAUUUUACAUAAUUUUUUUGUAAAGCAACAAAAACAUCCUCACCGGUGAGGCUAAAACCAGCACAUUUGUGUGUUUUUUGCUUGAUAACUGACCUGAACAAAUAGCUGCUAAUCAAAUUAGUUGGUCAUUUUAAGUUGUCUGUGGCGCAUUGACUUCCUUUCACUUUCACUUUGACCUGCAAGUAACUUCGAAUUUUCUACUUCGAAACUGAGAUUUUGUUACUACUCUUUAAUUAUGGAUCGGCAAAAAAGCUCUGAACAGUUCAGGACAGUAAUUUAUUAGCAAACUGAGAAUAAUCAGCUGUUUUUAUUAAACCUGCACAGCUACAGGCCUCUAUUGAUUUGUUCAAAUCCUGACUCUCGGCCUGUUCAACAACAAGGAACAACAAAACUGUUUGAUUCCCAACUGUGAAGCCCUUGAUCUCCAGCACUUAAUUUCUGCCCCAUUUUGCACUUAACUGGAAUAACAGAAAGAGAAAUCAGUAAAUGGGCCGCACAGUGGAUCAGUGGUUAGCACUUUUGCCUUGCAUCUAGAAAAUCCCCGGUUGGUGUCCCGGUCUUUCCGGGAUCUUUGUGCAUGGCGUUUGCAUGCAUGUACCGGGUACUUCGACUUCCUCGCACAGUCCAAAAACAUACCGAGGUUAACUGGUGAUUCUAAAUUGCCCGUAGGUGUGAAUGUGAGAGUGAUUGUUUGUAGCCCUGUGAUAGCUGGUGUCCCUGCCUUCACCCUAAGCCAGCUGGGAUAGACUCCAGCCCCCCAUGACCCUAAUGAGGAUUAACCGGUGUAUAGAGAACGGAUGGACAGACAUCGGUAAAUGAGAAAAUAGAGAAAUCUCCACUCAUGUUCCCUCAGUUGCGGCCUCUCUGCGAGCUCGAUCCUGUUUUCAGUGUGAGCGCAGCAGUCAGACGCUCCUGUGCCACUGUUUGGUCCCUUUAAAUACACAGACAGAAGUUGCACAAAGUGGACGAAUGUAUUUUUGGAAGGUUUUCCGUCAGCCUCCUCUUCUUUUUGUGAUGAUUUCACACAUACAGUAUUGACACCCCACCUCUUCCUCUCACUUUACUGCGUGGAAUAGGCAUUCCUAUGGAAGUGGUUUCCUCUCCAACCCCGUUAAAUGCAGAAACUCAUCAGCAACUGUCAGCUUACCCUGCAACAACAUGCCAAAUACAAGCAAUGCAUAUGUAAGAUUUUUUUUUUUUAUGCAACAGCCAUUCAAUGGAAGCGACAGUCCCUCCUACAUCACUACAACGAACAGGUACCAGGUUAGGUUCUUUUAUAACAUUUGUUUCGAGAUGUUAACAUAAUGUAUAUAACAGAGAAAUGUGAAUAUGUAUUUGUUCAGAAUCAACAAAAAAGUAGUGCUCCGAGUUUGUGGUAAAUAACUACUCGCCUCCGUCAUGUUUUUAUUUCAUGUUUUGAUUUUCUACUUUUUUUAUUUUUCUGAUGAUGUAUGUAUGUAUUUGACUAUCAGUGAGUGCGUCUGUAUGUGUGUAAGUGAUUAAUACUGUAUAUCUGGUGUUCUCUAAGAUGGAAAAGUCGAAGAUGUCCUUUUUGAUUCUUUUCUUCUUUUACUCUUUAGACCCUGCACAGUACCUGUGGGUGUUUCAGAUAACUAUGCCAGAGAAUGGUUUAGCGACUGCUGAAUGUGAUUUUACUGAGAGAGAAGCAGUGUGGACUGGCUUUUUGUACGGGUUAAUUGUUUUUUUGGGUUUUUUUUUUUUCAAUAAAGGCCAUAUUAUUUAAUUUUCUCUGUUGUCAAAAGGUUUAAGCAGAUCUGGGAGAGUGGAGCCUUGGUUUUAUGGAGAAGCAUUACCUGGUUGUUGUGUAUAUGAGCGGGCUUUGUUUUAUUUUCUAACUGCCUGACUGAUGUAGCCUUUUUGCAUUCGUCGGUAGUAAAUGACCAAAGCUUCAAGAUGUUUGAUGGAUAUCAUAUGCAAACCUCAUCAUCACUGGACAAGACAUAAUGUAGCGGCCCUUUGCUGAUCUCUCACACGGCGAUGUUCUGCUGCUGCUGCUCACUGUUUUUGCAUGUUUGUCCUUCCUGACUCGUUUCUUUCUCUAGACACUGUCUGUCCUUUAAAGUGGCCUAUCAGCAAACAAUCUGUGUGAUGUCCCAAAGUUAGGUCAGUUUAGAGACGUCUCCACUUUGCCAGUGAGGUCUUUUUUAGCCCCAAGUGCUAUCACUCGUUUACAGGAAGAAGAAGAAAAAAACAAACAGAAAACAUUGCAACCGUUAGCUAUGCACCUUACUGAAACAAGCAUUUCCUCACGUUGACUUGGAUAUGUAGAAUUAACACUGGAGCAACACUUUCAUAGGCAACACCGCAACAAAAAAGCCCCACAGUGGGAUUGUUCCUGUCGAUCUCUGAUGACCUUUCUCAGCUUUUAAUCUCAUUCUUAGGAGAGAAAAAAACACACUUUUUUUUUCCAUUAACAGAAUACUUUAUACCAAACUUGAGGUGCCUCGUGUAUAUACUUUCUGCAGUAAAGACUGCUCCUUUGCUGUUUAACGAUAAUAACCUUGUUAACCAGGGUUUUUUUUAAACCUUUUUUCACCUUUAUAAAAAAAAGUUUACUGUAUAAAUGACUUUUUUACACACAUAGAAGAUUAAUCAAAUUAUUCCAGGAAUUUGCAAAUACAAUCUAAUUUUGCACUUUAUAUCGGAUUUACUUGGAGUGAAAAGGCCAUCAGAAACUGUCUCAAUCGGAUCAGUAUUUGGAGACAGACUAAGUAACAUCCCCUGAAUGUACCAGGAAAAUGAUAGUUUUAGUAGUUUAAUUUGAAAUAAAUGAAUUGCUCAGGUUCUUUAUGAAGAACUCGACUUUAGUGGAUACCCAUGAUCCAAACCAUGACUAAAAAUUGUACUUCUUUGUAAUGUAUUCUUCUCUCUGUCUUUCUCUAACUUACAAUCCUCAGUAUAAAUACUAUGCUAACGCUCUUCAGGUGACACCCUCCCCUCCUUUGCCCGCGCUGUCGGCCGACGCCGGGCAAACUGUUGAAACCCUCAGCUCGAACUCUCAGAACAUUCCUGCUCACGACCGUUUCAGCAACACUUUGCUCUGUAGCUGCUCUGCGUUCGCUUUUUUUUUUUUCCUCAAACCAUGGCGGACGCUCGCUUUGUGUUAGUCGUGUGAGACUUCACCUCCACUAUCUCGCAGUGCACUGACAUAGAUGACAACACGCCAGCUUGUGUUGCACGUCGUCCUUGUUUUGCUCGUCUUGUCUCACUUUGCCUGUUUGUGGAGUUUUCAGUGGCGUGCUCAUACCGGGAUCGGGCUAAUGACUGGAGCGGGUUGCCAUCUUUUGGGGAUGGAAAAGCUCUGAUGCUUACAUUGUGUUCCUCCUGGCAAAGCAGGUUAUAUAUUCUCGCUUGUCGUUGGUCCAGAAUGGUAUUUUUUGCGCCACCGAGACACUCCGUGGUUUUUAAGUCCAACUCAUUCCUAAUGCAGGUGUUCAAAAUGUAAUUUCAGCUCAGUGUAACAGUUGCCACAGGAUCAGUUGUAUUGUAAGUGCAGCCUUACUGGGACUGAAGUUGAUAUGGUUCAGAGAUUUUUCAAAGAAGGCUUCUUAUUUACUCACCACUUUGUGUUGUUUUUGGCGGCGGUAAUGCUUUCUCUGAAGAAUUUGAGAAAAAAAAACCCAGAAAGACCAAGGUUCCACUGUCUCCCUUGUACAAAUUAAUAUAAAUAAAUAUAUAUAUAAAUAUAUAUUAUACAUUUUACUCAUUUUUGUCCAGUUUUGUAUAUUACACUCAUGUAAAGUUUGUUUUUAAAGAGGCAUCGGAGCAGCUAUUACAAGACAAUAUGAGUGACAAUGUUCAUCUGGGAGAAUUUUAUGCAUGUUAUAUUUUCUCUUUUUCUCUGUCUCUUUUAACACCCCUCAACCCCCCCUGUUCAGGUGUGUAACAUGAAUAUAAAGAAAUCUACCUUUUCUUUGGAAUGUUGUAGACAAUCAGUCUCAGGCCGGGUCCAGUCCCUGCAGGGAGUGACAGCCCUGUAGGCUCACAGACAAACAAAACUUUUUUUUUUUUGUUUGACAAUUUAAAAAAAGAAAAAACUUUAUUUGCAUCUACUGGAAGUCUAAAUUCGGAGGUUUGUUCAUUCAUAUGUUCGUGGCUGCUCAAGUUUACACACACACACUUCUCUACUACACUCAAAACACAAACACCUCGUGCAUUUGAUCCCUCUGCUUUUUUUUUCCAAGGUGAGGAUGCCAACCUUGAGGAAAUGAUGCUUUGACUAACAAAUCUAUAACAUCUAUGAAUGUGGGAAUGCAACACAUUGCAAUAAAAGCACCAUUUGAAAUGCA